GUUAGUGGUAGUUCUUUCCACUAAAUAUUUUUAAUGUAAUCUGUUUCAGAGUCCACUAUAUUGUACUAGAAUCUUUAUAGAAAGAGAAAACUACGAUGGUUCUUCGGUAUUUACUUUUCCUCGUUUCUGCUAUCACUUUAGUGAACAGUUUUGGUGGAGAAGACAAAUUUAUAAGGAAAUAUGCAAUGAUGAAAAUUUACGAAAGUUGUUUUGGAUCCGAAGUCGUUAAACAAAUUCGAAAAGAAAUGAAAGCAGCUUGUCUUAAAUGUGCUUCAUAUUAUGAUCAAGCUUCGUCUGCAUCCCCAACCCCGCCACCGUCGACACAACAACCCCACAAACAGGAAGAAGGAAUGACACUAGACCACGAAAAUGCCAUUUACACAAGCGGUCAACCCUUUGGUAGCGAAAAAUUAAAUCCUACAAUUAUAGCGUACAGACCAAAUCCAUAUUCGCCAGCCAUGUUCAGACCGUUUCCAAAUCCAGGAAUGUUCCCACCCCAACCAGCACCAAUGUUCUUUAGUCCCCAGUACCAACAACCUAAUCCAUUUGUACCCCCUAAUCCCUACGGAUUACCCUUCUUGGCGCAAAGACAAUUCUACGCGGGGCAAAGGAUGGCAGUAAGUAAAACAUUUUUGAAGUUAUACUUCUUUAGGCGCGUUAUGAAAAACUGAUGAGAGUGAAA